CGAAAUAGGGCUUAGCGUUAAGCCUUGGGGAAGCCGCAGUCUUGCAUUCCGGUCGGAUCCCAACGCUAACGAACGGCAGGGGCAAGUGAUGAAGUUGUGAUCACAUCGACGGGCAUACGGAUCACACACCUAAUCCUGCUAGUCGAGUUUUCAAGACCGCAAACUGUUCCAUGUACGUCAAUCUAUGUGCAUGAGACUCAAAGCAUGAUAACCGCAAUUUGGCUCUUGGCCCAUUAAUUCCACAAAUAUCAGCUGCCGAUACUCUACCAUCCAUCCAUUAUCCUCUGUCCUCAAAGAGAAACAAGAAAGAAAAAGAGAGGAAGAAAAAAAUCCAAGGAUGAGGCGUGUAGUCUUGGAAAAUCCCGAGGAUGAGUCUCACCGCAGCCAGCAUCCCGCCUCUGAGCCACAAGGCCUAGCGGAGACACAGCCGGCUCGAAAAACAAGGCCACGCCAGGAGCAGUCUCCCCCGCCCGAGCUGAUGGAGAUCCUGGUCCCAUCGCUUAAAGUUGGCGCCGCUGCCGGUGCAUGUGGUGUCUUCACUGGAGCGGCUGCUGGCAUUCUUCGGUCUGCCCCUACGGUCUUCUUUGCGAUUGUCGCAGGAGGGCAGUGGUUUACAUUGGGGACCAGUUAUUAUGCGACGCGGUUGAGCAGCUUGAGGUACUUCGGCAGAGGGAAACAAGAACCGUCCCCCAGCGACAAGAUAAAGGCAAGCACCGUCGCUGGUGGAGUUGCUGGAACUUUUGGCGGCAUGCUGAGGGGGCCGAGGAACAUCAUCCCAGGGGCUAUUGUGUUCUCGUUGUUGGGGGCUGGUGGACAGGGCAUCGCCAACUGGCGGGCUGCGAGGGUUGAUGAUGCAGGCCCAAAACCGGAAAAGGGGUUUUGGUCGAGCUGGAGUCCGAUCAAGCAACUAUCUGAUGCAGACUACGAGAACAUACUCGAGGAAAAGCUCCUUCGAGUUGAAGCUGAUAUCGCCCUCAUAGACGACCGCAUAAAGGAGCUCCGCGCAUCCGAGAGCCAGACCAAAGAGGGGAAGCCUGGGCAUGCAAGCGGCGGUGCAAGCUCAUCAAACAAGGCCUAGUGGUUGCCGGGAAGAAAACGAGCGGAAAACAAUGUGUCGAUUAGUGUACAAUAGGCGCUCAGCAUAGGAUAACCCUGAUCACAUAGAAAG